CAGGUCACUCUCAACAUGGAGAGUGGAGCGGGGAAGCACUGGACUGAGGAGGAGGUUAAAGCCUUGCUAAGCAUCUGGUCGGAGAAGAGCAUCAGGAAACAGCUCCACGGCACCCUGAGGAAUAAAGGAAUAUUCAUCUACAUUGCCAAAAGGCUGCAAGAGUUAGGAGUUUGUAGAGAUUGGAAACAGUGCCGAGCAAAGUACAAAAACCUGAAGUAUGAAUACAGAACGGUUAAAUACGCCCGCAACUCCGGGGAUGCCACUAAAACCAUGAAGUUUUUUCAUGACCUGGAUGCCAUACUGCGAUGUGAGCCUGUCGCACACUUGGCUGCCGAGGGGAACGCCAGGUGCUCCACCACCGAGGCACGGCUCAACGCCAGUCCCACCGCAGACAGCAGCCAAGGUGAAUUAUCAGUUUCUUUAGAAGACGAUGAGGAUGCACCAGGAGAUCCACUACUUUUUAUGUCACAUGUCAGACCAGUUCAACUAGGUAAUCCACCGCCAGCAGUGGAGGCUUCCAAAACACCGGCUUUCAUUCCAACAGUAGCAAAUGAAGGAGGAAAACACUGGACUGUUAAUGAAGUCAGAGCUCUGAUACACAUAUGGUCAGACAAAAAUAUCCAGCAACAACUGGAGGGGACAGUGAGAAAUAAAAGAAUAUUUGAACAGGUUGCUGCUAGACUUCAAAAGUUCGGAAUUGACAGGGACUGGAAGCAGUGCAGGACAAAAUAUAAAAAUCUGAAACAUGAAUACAAGAGCAUAAAAAAUGGCCAAGACUCAGGGAGUACAAGUAGAAGCAUGAAAUUUUUUAAUGAACUGGAUGCUAUUCUGGGGCAUGGUACCAUGGAACGAGCAAGUAAAUCAGAUAAUGAGGAAAGUGAGAGGCCUCCAGAGUGGACAGAAGCAAAAUCAGGAAAGGACUCCAUAGAAAUACCUGGAGACACAGGUGAAGAGGACUCUGUUAGUAAUUUGUCUGAAGACCUACAGGUUGCAGAUGUAAAGAAAGUUUCUGAUUCAGAAAUCCUUGAAGAUGAGGAGGACUUCAGCAAUUCCACCCUGGCAGCUCUGGAAGCUACACAAAUAAAGAAGGAGACAAUUGAUAUAGAUGAUGAUUCUAUAAGCUCUACCUCAGAAGACAGAUCAUGUACGCCGCUAGCAAAACAGAUAGUUGGGACAGAUAAUCAUAUCCCCUUGGAAGAAGCACAAAAUCACUUUAAAGUUAUCACAGUUAAUGAUACUGGAGCAGGAAAGCACUGGAGUGACAAUGAAGUCAGAGCUCUGAUAAAUAUAUGGUCAGAUGAAAAGAUACAGCAAAUGCUUGAAGGGGCAACAAGAAAUAAAGAAAUAUUUGAGGAAAUUGCCAGAAGGUUAAUGAAAUGUGGAAUAGACAGAGACUGGAAACAAUGUCGCACCAAGUACAAGAACCUAAAAUAUGAAUAUCGUGCACUGCAGAAAGAAAAUGAACAUCUUGGUAAUCCCAGGAGGAAAAUGAGAUUUUAUGAUGAAGUUGACUGUAUCUUAAGAAGACAGCCUCUAGGUCCAUCAGGCUGGGGAUGUGAAAGUUCAAGCCUCCUGUCAGUUUCAGUGGGAGAUGUUACAGCAAACGCAGGAUCCUUGGGUAUCAAGAGAAAAACAUGGAAUGAUGAGAUGUCACCCAUUCCACUUAAGAAAAGUGCUUCUGAAAACACCAUAUUCCAGUUUCAAAAACUAUUUACAGAGAGAGUGAACACAGUAGCAGAAGGCAAAAAGUUACUAUUAGAAAGGCUUUGUAAGCAGGAAGAAAUGCAAGACCUCAACAGAACACAGCUGUAUGCACAUCCUUCAGCCAUGCAACAGGUUGGUUUAAUGAACUUUCUACCAAAUUACAAGAGGAAGUUAAGCAAUAUUGUGCAGGUGUUCGCAGGCCAGCAGCCAGACGCAGCAUGUGCGUGUGAGCCUGUGCGGGUGCUCCCACGAGGAGGUCGCACUUUCCACAAUGAAUCGCAGCGAAUGCAGCUUCCUUUACACAGCCAUAUGUCUCUCAGAUUCUGGUCGGCGGGACUGCAUUUAGGCACGAGCAUCUCGCACAACGCCGGGCAUGGCAUGGCAGAGCAGGGAGUCGCUAAGGCAGCCGCGGGGCGGCCGGGCCGGGCGCAUCCCUGCCGCCUUCCCGCGCGGCCCAGGGUCGGGAGGAGCGCAAAGCCGGUCCGGGGCGAUGCCGCUUCCGAAGCGUGCCCGGGAGCAGCUCCGAGGCCCAGGGAGGCUGCCCGGCCAGUGCGGGAUCGGGCCGGGCCGGACAGGCCCCCAGCCGCACAGUUCCCUCCUCCGCCGUCGGCAGGACGGCCCGGCCCAGUGCCCGGCCCCGCGCUAACUUCCCCCCUCAGGGUGCCCGUCGCCGCCGCAGUCAUCGCCAUGGCCCCCGCCGCCUCAGAACUGAAACUUGGUAAAAAAGUUAAUGAAGGUAAAACGAAAGAAGUGUAUGAGCUGCCGGAUAUCCCGGGAUGCGUUCUGAUGCAGUCCAAGGACCAAAUAACGGCGGGGAAUGCCGCCAGGAAGGACCGGAUGGAGGGGAAGGCUGCCAUCUCCAACACCACCACCAGCUGCGUGUUCCAGCUGCUGCAGGAAGCAGGAAUCAAAACAGCUUUUGUCAGGAAACAGAGUGACACCGCUUUCAUAGCAGCUCACUGUGAAAUGAUCCCAAUUGAAUGGGUCUGCAGAAGAAUUGCUACUGGCUCUUUCCUCAAAAGAAACCCUGGUGUCAAAGAAGGCUAUAAGUUUUACCCACCUAAAAUUGAGAUGUUUUACAAGGAUGAUGCUAAUAAUGAUCCACAGUGGUCUGAGGAGCAGCUAAUUGAAGCAAAAUUCUCUUUUGCUGGACUUACUAUUGGCAAGACUGAAGUAGAUAUUAUGGCUCGUUCUACUCAAGCUAUUUUUGAGAUCCUGGAAAAAUCAUGGCAGCCCCAAAACUGCACUCUGGUGGACCUGAAGAUUGAAUUUGGUGUUAAUAUUUUGACCAAAGAAAUCGUUCUUGCUGAUGUUAUUGAUAACGAUUCAUGGAGACUGUGGCCAUCAGGAGACAGAAGCCAGCAGAAGGACAAACAGUCCUAUCGAGACCUGAAGGAAGUGACUCCUGAAGCACUGCAGAUGGUUAAGAGAAACUUUGAAUGGGUUGCAGAAAGAGUAGAGCUGCUUCUGAAAACAAAGAGCCAAGGUAGAGUUGUGGUAUUGAUGGGAUCUACUUCUGACCUUGGCCACUGUGAGAAAAUAAAGAAGGCAUGCGCAACCUUUGGAAUUCCUUGUGAGUUAAGAGUAACCUCUGCUCACAAAGGGCCAGAUGAAACUCUGAGAAUCAAAGCAGAAUAUGAAGGAGAUGGAGUCCCAACUGUGUUUGUUGCAGUAGCUGGCAGAAGCAAUGGUUUAGGACCAGUAAUGUCUGGUAACACUGCUUAUCCUGUUGUCAACUGUCCCCCCCUCUCAUCUGACUGGGGUGCUCAGGAUGUGUGGUCUUCUCUCAGACUGCCCAGUGGUCUUGGCUGUCCUACUACUUUGUCACCUGAAGGAGCUGCUCAGUUUGCUGCUCAGAUUUUUGGGUUAAACAACCACUUGGUAUGGGCCAAACUGCGAUCAAACAUGUUAAAUACAUGGAUCUCCUUGAAACAGGCUGACAAAAAAUUGCGGGAGUGCACCUUGUAAGUCCAACAAGUAAUUACUCCUAGCUAGGCAAAGAUAAGGGUGUGCACAUGCAUUUAUUUGCAUCAGGAUUUGCAGUUGUAUGAUGUGAGAAAUCUUUUCAUACAGAAGGAAGCAUCUUUAGAGCAGCAGAUAAGUUUGCUGUGUCGUCAUCCCUCUCAUGUAUUUUUUUUUUUUUUUU